AUGACUUUUCCCACUGCCAUCAACUUACAAAAGACUGUUCAACAAGACGCUGCUCUUAUUCAAAAGGUACUCCAACAGAUCAGACCUGAGUUGAUCAAGGCUGCAUCUGCCACUACUCCAAAGGCUGCUGUCUCGGCUUCCUCAUCCCGAUGGGGCAGCAUUGAAAACAAGAACAUUGCCAUGAAUCAAAAUCCUGCUGUUGUAUUUGACUCCUUGUUGCAGAAAUCUGCCUCUAUCACUUGCAAAGAACGCAAUCGCUUUGACGAUGCCAUCAUGUAA